AUGACUUCCACUAGCUCCGGUUGGGCGCAACUUCGCCAACAAGCCCGCUCACUAGAAACUCAGACCGAGACCCUAUUCCACACCUAUGCACAAUAUGCAUCGCUUACGAAGCCUCCACCAGAGCCGACAGAAGACGAGAAGCGGGUUGAAUCCCAGCUAAAGGACCUCCUUGAACGACGUGACUCUCUCAUUGCUCAACUUUCUCGACUCCUCGACUCUGAAGCUACCCUUACCUCUUCUGCUCUUAAACAAAACAACCUCUCCCGGCACCGCGAGAUCCUUCAAGAUCAUCGCCGAGAGCUUCAGCGAUUGACCUCCGCUAUUGCCGAGACUCGUGAUCGCGCGAAUCUUCUCUCUAAUGUCCGCUCUGAUAUCGAUGCCUAUCGCGCAUCCAAUCCCAGUGCCGAAGAAGCUGAAUAUAUGAUCGAAGAGCGCGGUCGAGUAGAGAACAGCCACAAUAUGAUGGAUGGCGUGCUGAGUCAGGCCUACGCCAUUAAUGAGAACUUUGGGGUACAGCGUGAAACGCUCGCCAGCAUCAAUCGACGUAUUGUUGGUGCUGCCAGUCAGGUCCCCGGCAUGAACUACUUGAUGAGCAAAAUUGGAACCAAGAAGCGGAGGGAUGGAAUCAUCCUAGGCUGUUUUAUUGGUUUCUGUUUUCUAAUGCUACUUUAUUUCCGUUAA